GUCAAAAUGCCCUCCUCAUUUUUCUCAUUUGUUGGAGCUAGGAGCGAGCGAGCUAUCUAGCUAGCUAGUUAGAAGAAGAAAUGAACAAAACCAUGGAAGGGCUCUACUCUCUUCUUUAUUUAAUCUUAAUCUUGACAAUCCUCUUCUCUCUACACACCCAGAUCGCUCACAAAUUACUUAUAGGCCACCACCCUCUUCACCUCAAGAAAUCCCCACAUCUCCCUCUCAGGUUCAGCUCUGAUGGAACCUUCAAAAUCCUUCAGGUGGCUGAUAUGCAUUAUGGAACUGGGGUGCUGACAAGUUGCAAAGAUGUGUUAGCUUCUGAGUUUCAUUAUUGUUCUGAUCUUAACACCACUCAUUUUCUUAAGAGGAUCAUUGAAGCCGAGAAGCCUGAUUUCAUUGCUUUUACAGGAGAUAAUAUAUUUGGUUCAAGCACUCCUGAUGCUGCUGAAUCUUUGCUUCGUGCCUUUGCACCUGCCAUGGAAUCUGGACUUCCAUGGGCAGCGGUUUUAGGAAACCAUGACCAAGAAUCUACCAUGACUCGACUAGAAUUGAUGUCUUUCAUAUCACUAUUGGAUUACUCAGUAUCACAAACCAAUCCAUCAGUGGAAGAUGCUUCUAGUGCAGCCAAAGGCGAUACGAUAACAGAUAUUGAUGGCUUUGGAAAUUAUAAUCUCAGGGUAUAUGGUGCUCCAGGUUCACAUUCAGCUAAUAGAACUGUUCUUGAUCUUUUCUUUCUUGACAGUGGAGACAGGGAGGUUGUUCAAGGAGUUAGAACUUAUGGAUGGAUUAAGGAAUCUCAACUUCGUUGGCUUCAUGGUGUUUCCAAGGGUUAUCAGGACCGAAAGGAGGACUGUCAUCUCCUGGAAGGGGCUUCACCAUCAGCUACACCCACACACUGUGCAUUGGCAUUUUUCCAUAUCCCAAUUCCAGAAAUUCGACAGCUAUACUACCAAAAGAUUAUUGGCCAGUUUCAGGAAGGUGUGGCUUGCUCAUCAGUUAACUCAGGAGUCUUACAGACCCUUGUAUCCAUGGGAGAUGUGAAGGCUGUGUUCAUGGGCCAUGAUCACAAGAAUGACUUUUGUGGGAAUUUAGAAGGUAUAUGGUUUUGUUAUGGUGGAGGCUUUGGGUAUCAUGCUUAUGGAAUAGCUGGGUGGUCAAGGAGAGCAAGGAUCAUAUUAGCAGAACUUGAAAAGGGUGAGAAGUCUUGGAUGGGAAUGGAGAGGAUCAGGACAUGGAAGCGUCUUGAUGAUGAGAAGUUGAGCAAGCUUGAUGAACAAGUCUUGUGGGAAUUACACCAUGCAAAAUGACUCGAUUGCAGAAGUAGAUCAACAACACCAAAAUUGGCACUCAAGUUAUCUCUUAUCGAAGAAUUGAUCUCUUUCAUAUCUCUGUUGGAUUACAUAGGAUCUCCGCCGUAUCCCUUCAGUCUCUCAAAGGCGAUAUGACAAUAUAUAUCGAUGGCUUUGAACAUUAUAAUCUCAGAGUAUAUGGUGCCCCAGGUUCCCAUUUGCCCAAAAGAAAUGAAACAGGGAGCUCUUAUGGAUGGUUCAAGUAACCUCACUAUUUUCCAUGUUCCUUCAUUCCCACAUGGGAGGUCUCCUAGAUUUAGAUUUGAUUAACAUGUUGCAGGUGACAAACUAACAUGGCAAGAAGGAGGAUCUUGUACUACCGAGGUUUGACAACAGCUCUAUGUACAAUCACCUAAGCCGGGUUAUCUGAGCUUCAACUUGUUCUUGUACAAUCGCUUGGACGAUUGGAGAUUAGGAACUCGAACCUGAUUGCUAGGAACUAAUGAUCGAUACACUACUGUUCGUCCACAUAUUCUCGGUAGUGGUAUUUGAGAUACCUGUAAACCUGAUUUUUAUCAGGUCCACUAGAAGAUCUAGCCUCCAACCACAAAUCUAGAUCGAGUUCUGGAUUGGUCGAAUGAUCGUCCUCGUAUCUCUCUUACAAUCGGAUGGUAUAUGUUUCCUGAAAAAAAAAAUCAAUUAGCUAAUUUUUUUUAAAAAUAAAUUAAGAAAAAAAAUCAUUGAAAUCCAA